AUGCCUUCUUUUAACCCUUUCAUUUCGGUAGCUAGCCGGAAUGUCUGUACCUUGUUUGAGAUACGUCUCGAGAACGAUUUUAUCGUCUUUCGUGGAAACGAGCAUGAAGCUUCCGGUCAGCUAUUAAAGGGUGUCUUAGUGUUAUGCUUAAGAGAAUCCUUGAAGGUCGAAGAUGUACACUUGCGGCUCAUGGGUAGCUGCCGCGUGGCUUGGGUCGACGGAAGGCAAACCCCAUCCGGCAUUCACAAUCAGAAAAUGGACAGGACAACCACAAUUCUGAGACAUACAUGGCCACCUUUCGUAGGUGGCACGACACAUCACAACGUUUUGGCCCCUGGAAAUUACGAAUGGCCGUUCGAGUUUCUGUUGCCAGGGGAUACCGCCGAGAGCGUUGAGGGGCUCUACCAAACCGGCAUCACAUACGUCUUAAAAGCCACUAUUUCGAGAGGGAAGCUGGCUAAGAACGUCCACGCCUAUAAGCGAUUUCGAAUUAUCCGGACCCUGGAACCUGCUGCGCUCGAAUUCAACCAUGCCAUGAGUGUAGAGAACAUAUGGCCGAACAAGAUCGAGUACUCCGUCGUCGUUCCGCAAAAGGCCAUUGUUUUUGGUAGUCAUGUUCCUCUGGAGAUGCGAUUUACCCCCCUUCUAAAGGGGUUAGAAAUGGGUGCCAUUUCGGUCAAACUUAUUGAAAUCCAGGAAUUCAGUGUACAAGGUUACCAAGCUCCAGUCAAAACAUACAAGCAUGAUCGUGAUGUUACCUCCUGGAAUUUCGAAGUUACUCGCGAGCAGCAUUGGCAGGACAAUAUUGAAGAAACUGGUCAGGAAGGAUGGGUCAUCAACAAGGAGUUACCCCUCCCUAAGAGGUUAAGCAGAUGCAUCCAAGACUGCUCAGUUCACGGCAUUAAAAUCAGGCAUAAGCUCAAGCUUACAGUUGCACUACAAAACCCUGAUGGCCAUAUUUCUGAGCUUCGAGCAUCAUUACCAAUUACUAUCUUCAUCUCGCCAAAUAUGCCUCUAGACGAAGAAGGCAAUCUGGUUUCCCAGACGCCUGAUACCCCCGACCAAGUGAACGAGACCGAGUCCUCAGUCAUGGCUCCUCCGGGUUACGGAAUGCACGUAUUAGAUCAACUAUACGAAGAUGUCGAUCCUAGCGGAAUUAUGACCCCGGGCAUCCAAAGCGGCGUUAACAGUCCGUUCUACGCGCAAUCUCGGGCAGGCUCCUCGGAAAAUCUAGCAGCUAUGGCUCAUGUUCUGGCAGUCCCGCCUGCAGCCCUGUCGUCUAGGUUGCAGAACGUCUCCCUUGAUGAAUCUCGAAGGAACGAGUCCUUCAUCUCGACCGGAUCUGGGUCAGGCGCCACAACUCCGUUCAAUCAUCCGCACGAGAGCGAGCACACUGGGGAUUCGUCUCAGGUACAUUCGACGCAACUGUCGCGACAGACAAGCGCGGAGGAUCAUCCGAAUCAUGUAGGGGGGCACCACACUCCGCCUGAGCAUACAGAGUUCUUGGACUUGGAGCAGCUGAGCAAAGUGCCAAGUUAUGCAACAGCAACCAGAACACCGCUGCCAAGAACGCAAAGCUACACAGGCCCCAUGGCGCUUCCCGAUUAUUUUACGGCAACAAGUGCGCCGGGCUCUCCAGCUCGAGUAGUAGUGAACGAUCCCAUGGCAACAAUUGCAACAGUCGCGGAGGGCCCACAUGCCGGAGCUGCAGCGUCAAGCACUCGAUCGAGAAGCGCAUCGAGGAGCAGGCACACCAACCGGCAUUCAAUAGGAGGAUUCAGUUUCUUCCCCAGUCACACAGCUGUAGGUGGCACUGACGGCGAACGACGUCUACGACUCAUCCAAGGCAGAAGUAGCUAG